AAGUUUGCUCAUAGCCUGUACAGAGAGAAGGAAAACAUAACAUUAUAUCAGCAUAUGUUACUGAGCUCAGUUCAGCUGAAUAUUUUAAACCCUAGUCUUUAAUUCUUGUCUUACAGCACUGAUGAGCAGUGGUUCUGCUGUUUGGGGGUUCAUUGGGAUAGAACUUUAAUCCUGUGAGUGCAGAAUGUGUUUAGAUUUCUCUCUGGAUACAGUUGAUAACCAGUCUAAACAUCUCUGUCUUGAGUGCAAUUCAGGACAGUGAAUCAGGAGGCGCCUCGACCACCUUAAAGGGAACCUAUCACCAUGAUUUACAAUGUGUAGGCUGCAGAGCUGAGCUUCCCAUAGGCAGCUGUAGAACAGCACCACCCAUGUAUAAGCUACGUAAAUAGCAAUCAUAUUUUUUUCCCUUAUCUUAAGAUAUUGUAAUGUAUUUUGAGUUUCUGCACUCAGCAUCUUUUUCCUGCUGCAAACAACUGACUCAUGCUAUGUACCCCAGAUGGGGGGAAGAAGCAAUUGAACCAGGGGAGAGUUUUCAGCUGAGGGAGCAUCCAUAACAAGGUCGAGAUUUGGCAUGUCCAGCUGCCGGACAAUCACUGAGUUGUUUGCAGCAGGGAAAACAGAGUGACAGGUCCUAUUAUAUGGGGUGGAAUAGAAAGAAACAAGAGAACUGUAAGAAGCUUUGUUGUGGGCCGAGAAGCUUGGGCCCAGCAAUUCAUUAUUAGUGCUGUAUCUGGAGUUCUGGAUUAGAGUGGGAGGAGUAGAAUUUCAGAAUAGGUAUCACAUUUAAUUCCACUGCUGCUCAGAGAAUACUGAAGCGGAUGCCUGCAGGAAAAUCUCUACCGCGCUGCAUGGCAACUCCAUGUGGGGAAGAAUAGGAGGCGGUACGCAGACAAAUCUUCCACCAGUGUAGUUUGCCAAAUCUUUGAACGAAUGAGGUGUUGGAGACAUGAACAGAUGUAAGGGGGUGGGCAUAGAUUUUAUCCAGGCAUAUAGCUGAAUUUAAUAGGAAUCCAAGCAGCGGCCUGCACCUGCUAAUUUGCCCCCCGACUCUCAGUGGCAGCCCUGUGAUUUCAGACAUUUCUUUAAUCCGCCUCUCCCCACACUCUCUGGGUACAACAGAGUUUGGUCAUGCCCAUCAUUAUGUCAGCCCCCACAUGGAGCAUUACCUGCGUUCUGUGCACAACAGCCCCACCCUGUCUAUGAUCUCUGCAGCCCGUGGGCUCAGCCCAGCAGAAGUGGCCCAUGAGCACUUAAAAGAAAGGGGUAUCUAUGGUUUAGCACCUCCGCCCCCUGGUACCACCCCUACAGAAUACUGCCACCAAAUGGCCUUCCUGGCAAGUCAUGCAAGUCCAUACGGGGAGCUCCUGGUGCAGAGCGCAGCAGCUGGAAAUACGUCGCACCUUCACGAUUACCUCACCCCCAUGGAUGUAUCAAGAUUCUCCAGCCCCCGAGUUACACCGAGAUUAAGCCGGAAACGGGCCCUUUCCAUCUCUCCUCUGUCCGAUGCCAGCAUUGACCUGCAGACCAUGAUCCGCACCUCCCCCAACUCGCUGGUUGCUUACAUCAACAACUCUCGGAGCAGCUCAGCCGCCAGCGGGUCCUACGGGCACCUUUCUGCAGGAGCAAUAAGCCCGGCGUUUAGCUUCCCCCAUCCCAUAAACCCUGUAGCCUAUCAGCAGCUCCUGAGCCAGCAGCGUAGCCUGAGUUCCUCAUUUGGACACACCCCUUUGCUCCACCCAUCGCCGACGUUUGCAUCCCGCCAGCAGGGAGCACUCACAUCAGCCAAUCCAGCUCCUCCCAGCAACAACAGCUCCGCCCCUGACUCCGUCCUGAACAAGGUGAGCAGUGAGUCUGCGGUGAGCAGUACAGUCAAUCAGGUGAUACACAAACGCAGCAAAGUGAAGACUGAAGAAGAGGCGAUUCAGUGCGAUUCCCCCAGCCCUCCGGACCACCUGACUGAUCUGAAAGAGGAUUUGGAUAAGGAUGAGUGCAAGCAGGAGCCUGACAUUAUAUACGAGACCAACUGCCACUGGGACGGCUGCAGCAAGGAGUUUGAUACCCAGGAUCAGCUUGUACAUCACAUCAAUAAUGACCAUAUCCAUGGGGAGAAGAAGGAGUUUGUGUGUCGCUGGCAGGACUGCUCCCGGGAGCAGAAACCAUUCAAGGCGCAGUACAUGCUGGUGGUUCACAUGAGAAGGCACACGGGGGAGAAACCACAUAAAUGCACCUUUGAAGGUUGUUUCAAGGCCUAUUCCAGGCUGGAGAACCUGAAGACGCACUUGCGUUCACACACCGGGGAGAAGCCAUAUGUCUGUGACCACGAGGGAUGCAAUAAGGCGUUUUCCAAUGCGUCUGAUCGAGCCAAACAUCAGAACAGAACCCAUUCCAAUGAGAAACCGUACAUAUGUAAGGUCCCAGGCUGCACAAAACGUUACACGGACCCCAGCUCUCUCAGGAAACACGUUAAAACUGUACAUGGACCUGAGGCCCAUGUGACCAAGAAACACCGCAAUGACAUCAUCCAAAAACCUUCACUACCCAAGGAGAACGGGGACAAUGAAGCUAGUGCCAAACUCAGCGGUAGGGAGCACUCCGACAGUGUCUCUAGAGACCAGGAGCACUGCUUGCAGACCAGAACCAUCAAAACAGAAGAUAACAUGAUGCAUCAGUCCAGCCCCGGUGGGCAGUCGUCAUGCAGCAGUGAGCCUUCCCCAUAUGGCAACACCAACAACAUUGACAGUGGAGUAGAUGUGAGCCUGCAUGGCGAGGGGAGCUUGGGAGACCUGUUUGGCUUGGAGGAGACCAGCCCGGUGGUAGACUCCACAGUAUCAUCUGGCAGCGCAGUGGUCGGCCUGCAACUCCGGAAACACAGCGUAUCCACAGUGCAGAGACUGGAACAGCUGAAGAAAGAGAAAUUAAAGACAAUGAAAGAUUCCUGCUCAUUUAUGAACCCAAUGCCACCUGCCAGGAACACCCGGCUCCCGACCAUCAGUGCAAAUGGUUUCGAUGUAAUAGGUGUCCCCAGCAGUGUGCUAAUCAACCCCAGAGCAAUAGAACUGUCCAUGAAUGAUGUGACCAUGAUGAACCAAUUGAAUGAGCGCCGUGACAGCACCAGCAGCACCCUCAGCUCAGCAUACACCAGCCGCAGGUCCUCCGGCAUCUCUCCUUACUUCUCCAGUCGCCGCUCAAGUGAAACCUCACAGUUUGGAGGCCGCUUGAAUAAUUCCAGCUCUGCAGAUUCUUACGAUCCCAUUUCCACCGAUGCCUCUAGGCGCUCUAGUGAGGCCAGCCAGCACAGUGGACUUCCUAAUCUUCUCAACCUCACUCCUGCUCAGCAUUACAGAUUAAAGGCCAAGUAUGCUGCAGCAACUGGUGGUCCACCACCCACUCCUCUUCCCAACAUGGAUAGGAUAGGUUUGAGAAACAAGCUGUCCCUGAUGGAUGGAGCAGACUUUCCUUUGCCUCCCUUCCGGCAACUUCCUGUUCCAAGACGUUGUAGUGAUGGUGGUGGAAAUGCAGGACUAACCCCCAUGUAUCCCCAUGAAAUUCCGGGGAAUAAUUCAAGGCGGGCUAGUGACCCAGUCAGAAGAACUGCAGGUAUUGAUGGACAAGCACUCCCAAGGUUUCAGCGCUUUCAUAGCAUGAAUAGUAUGAAUACAUUGCACCCUCCAUCCCUAUCGGAAAGGAGAAAUGGAGGCCUGCAGCACUACACCUGCUCUGAUGGAGGCCUUCACAGGCACGUCUAUUCUCCCCGACCACCCAGCAUUAGUGAAAAUGUUGCUAUGGAGGCCAUAUCUUGUGAUGCAGAUGUCCCUGGUGGAGAUGAUGACCUCAUGCUCCCAGAUGAUGUUGUUCAGUACAUCAGAUCUCAGAACAGAGAAGCCCCAGAGCAAAACCUACAGACGGAGUACAGCAGUCCAGCCCGGAAUCUACAAAGCAACACAAAAUCUUUCCAUAACAAUACACCAGAACAACCCAGGGCCCCUGGGGCUUACUUGAGCAGGAACUUUCCUGCUUUGGCUGAAUGCCUUGGCCAGACUGCUAACAUGCAGGAUAACAACAUGCCCGUUCAGUGGAACGAAGUCAGUUCGGGUACCGUUGAUGUCAGUGACUUACCCAAGCAGCAGUUUGCAGCAGGCAACUUAGCAGUUGUUCAGCAAAAACAGAACUUUGCCCAGUAUCAGAGCUUCAACCAAGCACCUAUGCUGAGGGCUCACAAUAUUAUGGGUCAGGGGCAAGAGUCUGUACAGAGGAAUAUCAGUGUUAAUGGACAGCGGUUUAAUUAUUUGCAACAAAGACAACAGCAGAUGAGCCAGUGCCAAAAUGUCAGUUCUGACUUCAUCCCCCAACAGAGGUACAGCCAGAGCCAGUCAAUGCUGAGUUCAAGAGCAAUGCAAGAAGGCCAGAGCCAGAUUUCUCCAUCCUGUAAUAACAUGGUAGAGAGGCCUGGGGUUCACACACAUGCUGCUCCAAGCAACACACUGAAUCAUCAGCGCCUUGCUGUGCACGGAGCACCCACGCAGGGUUUUGCAAAUAACUUCUCCGUUAACCAAGACGGGCUCCACCCACCCAACGCCUACACAGUCCAGCCUCAGAAAAAUGGAUUGGAGCCACAACAGAACACUCUUGGAAUGUCUGGGCAAGCGUUCAACCAUGGAAUGAUUCAGCCAAGACCCCCAGCUGCCCCACACCCCCCUAACAGACCCAGGAAUAUACACCCGGUACAUCACCCUCCUUACAUGAGGAGUCCGCACCCUGUGAGUGAACUGAGCCCAGGCCAACAAACAGCAGAGGCAACACCAAAACGAACCAGUGAAAACACUGAUCCAACUCCUAAAGACAAUAAUUUGCUUUAUUAUUCUGGACAAAUUCACAUGUACGAGCCAAAUGGAAACUUCGGUUCUGGCAUAGACUGCACAGUACGGCAACUACCCACCAUGCCGUCUCCUGGGGCAAAUCAGGUCACAAGCACUGUAGACUCCCAAGGUCUUGAGCACCCCCCUGUUAUAGAUUUUGACGCCAUGAUGGAUGAUGGGGAUCACUCGAGCCUUAUGUCAGGAACCUUGAGCCCUGGCCUCCUGCAGAGCUUCUCCCAAACAUCCUCCCGCCUUACAACUCCCAGGAAUUCCCUGACACUCCCUUCCAUCCCUGCUGGGAUAAACAACAUGGCAAUAGGAGACAUGAGCUCCAUGCUCACAACAUUGGCGGAGGAAAGCAAGUUUCUCAAUCUGAUGUCCUAACAGAAAGCACAUGUGAAUGAACAUAUAGAAAGGGGUUCUGUGAAUCUCAGUAUUACUUGUUUUGUCUCACAUUGACACAAAGACGUUAGGGUCCUGGGACCCUCACAUUGCAUUGAACUGCCAACUGCCCACAUUGUAAAUACACUAUUUCUGAUCCCGGAGUGAGAUAAAGAGUCCACACCCUUCCCCCAUGCCUCAAUGCCUUUAUUAUUUGCCCAGACCACAUAUAAAUAUAUAUAUAUAUAUAAAAAAAAACAUAAAAACAAAGUGUUUUAGACCCCCUCAAAUUUAAGCACAACAUACAUUCAUUUUAAUUGUCAAUGUUUUCAGUUGCUGAAAAUAGACAGGACAUUACAGUAUUAGUCCCAAGAUCUCCAUCUUUACUAUAUUGGGGUUGCAGUCUAGAUUCUAUCCUGAGCAUAUUGUUUCAUAUAGUGCAUGUGCAAAUAUAUGUUCAGUAGACUGUUAGUAGAGCAAGGAGUUGGUCACAAUAUUUCCAAUUAUGGUUAUUGCUGUGUAGAGAUAGAGAGCUUGUUACCAUCUUAUUGUUAUCAUCGCCCCCCUUAAGGUUACUGGUAAGAAGAGAGCUGAUGAUCAGUCUUCUGCUCAAGCUUAUUGGGGUGUAGAGUUAAGAGUUCAGUUUCAGAGCAGAGAGUUGCUUCCUAUCUUCCUUCUGUCAUUGGUGGGUAGAAUAGAGAGCUGGUUAUCAAACUUCAAAAGUUAGUUGGGGUGCAGAGUUGAUGGUUCCACUGAAGAUUAUUGGGGUUUAGAGUAAACAUUUUGGUAUCCUCAUAGUAGAGCAGAGAGUUGGGUUACCAUUUACCCCCUUAAGGCCAUUAAUGGCUAAGAUAGAGAACUGGUAUAGAACAAAGAAGUUGGUAUGAUCUCAGUAAAGCAGAUAUUCCCCAAAGGAACAGUAACACCAAAAAAUGAAAGUGUUUUAAAAGUAUGACAAUUUAAUGUACUGUUGCCUUGCACUGGUAAAACUGGUGUGUUUGCUUCAGAAACACAACUAUAGUAUAUAUGUACAAACUGCCAUGGGGCAUCCAUUCAAGCACAGGAUACACUGUAGAUAAGAUACGUUCUGAAGAAUCCCAUUGUAUACUACAGAGCUUAUCUGUUAUCAUUGUGUAUCCUGUGCCUUUUCUCCUUUUUCAUGUUGAAUGGCUGCCCCCAUGCCUACACAGCAGCUUCUUUAUAUAAACUAUUGUAGAGUUUCUGAAGGAUCCCACCACUUUUACCAGUUCAGCACGACAGUACAUUAUAUUUUCUUUACUUUAAAAUACUUUUUUUGGUGUAACUGUUCCUUUAAGGUCACUGGGGGAUGAGUGGAAGGCUGAUUAGCAUCAUUCCAAGCUUAUUGGGGUGUAGAGUGGAGAGGUGGCUAUUAUCUUCCACUGAAGGUUAUAUUGGUAUAGAGUAGAGAUUUGGAUAUCAUUCCAGCACCAAAGGUUACUCGUGAGUAGAAUGAAGUGUUGGUUACUAUGUUCCCACUAAAGGUGCUUGGUGCCUUUUGAGUUGCUUCUAUCAUAUGUUCUGAUCUCCACAAAGAAAAUGAAUUUAAUGGAUAGGGCUUGUGGUGAAUUUCAAAACAGAUCAGUCAUCCACAAAGAAGCAUUUGUGUAAACAAACCCCUCUUUUCCCCAGCUGCGGCCUUGUUAGGCUUUGAGAUGUGGGGUACUUCAGUAUACAGAGGCGUUUCAGUGGUCUGUUGAUUUGUUUUGAUUGCAGACAUACAGUGUACCCACAAGGUUAUUUGGCAUGAAUAUGUGCUUGGCACAUCCCAAAUUACAGACAGUGGAACAUAUCCCAUCUUACAGUACCUGUGCCGCAUGAAGCAAAGUUGGCACAAGCUGGUGACAGGUCACCAUGCCACCAAAGGCCAUGAAAAAAAUGUCCCUAUUCCAACUUGUUUGGCUCAGGGAAUGUACAGGGAUGUGGAUCUCACCUACAUCCCCAUAGGGCUUCCACCUACACAAGUUGUUGUCCUAGACCUAUAAUGUCAUCAAAAUCAAUAAGGCCCACAAUGCAUUGCAAGUGAGUGCUGCACAUCGGGGUUACUUGUCUUUGCUUCCAAACACAGAUAUGCAGAACCUAGAGGAAUGUACCUCUUCCCUGGUCUCUAUGGUACAAUACAGUGACUGGUGUUCCCCUUGCAUUCCUGUACAUAGUGUGUAUAAAGGUGCCAGGACUGGGGGCAAACACUCUGGCAUUUCUAUCUCAAGAGCAUUUGUAGCAUUUUUUACAUUGUAAGUAUUGAGUUGUGAGUCGGAACUGUACAGAGACACCAUUUUGUAUAAUAAAUCAUAAUUUUUUCAGUU